AUGCACUUAAAGGAUCCGGGAGGCUUCGACAUGUCGACCACGGGUCCCAUAAGUAAUUAUUAUGUGGACUCCCUGAUCAACCAUGACACCGACGAGGUUCUCGCAGCAGCUGCGGCGGCGGCAGCGACUCGUUUCUCGGCGCCUUCCUCGCAUCCUGCCGGCCCACGUCCCACCUCUCUAGUCCCGGACUGUGGAGACUAUCCGUCUUGCAGCUUCGCGCCCAAACCCGCUGUGUUCCCUUCCUCAUGGGGGCCCUCGCAGUCCUCCAUGGUCUACCAUCCGUACAACCAGGCUCACUUUGGGACAGAGUCGCGGUACGUGCGCUCGUGGCUGGAACCCAUCUCGGGCGCGGUGCCUUUCCACGGCUACCCGGGAAACGGCAGGCAUUACGGCUUGAAGCCGGACGCCUUCUCGGAGCACAGAGCCGGCGAAUGCCUCGGUAGCGCCGGGAGGACCUACACGGAUUAUUUGUACUGCUCGUCUUCGGAUAUGCGGGACAAGACGCUGCAGAGCCUCCCCUCGCCCGAACCGGAGCUGCUGGCUGCUGGCAAGCAUAAAGAAGAGAAACCGGAGCUCGACCCCAACAACCCAGUGGCAAAUUGGAUCCACGCUCGCUCCACCAGGAAGAAGCGAUGCCCUUACACAAAAUACCAGACUCUCGAACUGGAAAAGGAGUUCUUAUUCAAUAUGUAUCUUACCAGGGACCGCCGCUACGAGGUGGCCCGGGUCCUCAAUCUGACCGAGAGGCAAGUCAAAAUCUGGUUCCAGAACCGGAGAAUGAAGAUGAAGAAAAUGAACAAAGAGAAGAGCGACAGCAAGGAACAAUAAUAUUGUCAUAAUAAUUGCAACUACCAUGGACAGCACACAUGAAGACAACCACUUCAAUUCUCUUUAUAUUUAUCCCUUUUUUACGCACAUGUGUCCUUGUGUAAUUCAUGAAAAUCUAAAUUUACAUUAAAAAAAAUGCUUUUUUUUGUAAGGGAAGUUCUAAAAGUACAAAUAGGACGCCUUAUGGCGCUCCCAGGAAAGAAAAUACUUGAAAUCCUGUGUAUUUCACACACCCGUAAUGGACUAUUUUGUACAGGAUGAAAAGGCCUGUUAUUGUAUGUCUUGUAUUUUUGUCAUAGUUGUUGUGUAUCUCUUUUUUGGA